AUGCUAAAUGAGGAAAAUGAAGAAAAGGGUGCAAAAGAUCUUGUUCCAUAUUUAAAUCAUACAACUUUAAUGAAGAACACCAUGGAUACAACAAUAGAAAACACUAACGGCUCGCCUGAAGUUGAGGAAACGGCGGAAAAAUUUCAAGACUUUACAGAUCUCAUCGGUACAUUUGGAAGAUGGCAGAAAAUUUUAUUCGGGGUAAUGGCGUGGAUUGUCAUUGUUUCGGCAUUAAACAAUUUAAAUUGGCCUUUCUUGGCAUACAAGGUGGAUUAUUGGUGCGCGAGAACACCGAAAUACGUGAACGUGUCCGUGGAAGAGUGGAAAAAUAUCAGCGCACCCCUGGAGAUCAGAAACGGGAGAACAAUGCAUAGUCGAUGUGAAGUAUACGAUAUUGACGAUAUCAAAUAUGGAAAGAACUUUUCAAAGAUUCCUUGUCGCUCGUGGGAAUACGAUCAUUCACAAUAUAAAAACAGUGUCAUUCAAAAGUGGAAUUUAGUUUGCGAAAGUUCUUGGUUGAGUUCUCUCGCUGGCUCUUCUUUCUUCAUGGGAUUCCUCGUGUCUGCUAUUGUAUCUGGACAGAUAUCUGAUAGAUAUGGCAGAAGACCAGUGAUAAUAUCGGGACUCGUGCUUCAUCUAACCUUUGGGAUUCUUUGUUCAUUUUCUCCAUACUACUGGAUGUUUACUGUAUCUCGUUUCUUCUUGUCUGCAGGAAGAACAGCCUUUAGUCUGACGUUCUAUGUGUAUGUUAUGGAAGUGAUCGGACCAAGCUACAGAGAUAAGUUAAUGGUACUUUUGAGUGUAUUUAGUACCACGGGGACGCAUUUACUUACCGGAGUAUCUUGGUUUCUCAAAGAUUGGACUUAUAUUCAAUUAUCCGGCAGUUUGCCAUCCAUUAUAACGCUUCUUUUCAUCAGUUAUAUACCGGAGUCUCCGAGAUGGCUGCUGACUCACGGUCGACUACGUAAAGCCGAAGACGUUAUACGAAACAUAAUGGAAAAGAAUAAAAGACACACAGAGCACUUAACCGAAAUUAUUGAAGAACUUUGUUGGAAAAUUAGAACGCAUUUAUGGUCUCAUCGCGAAUCUGAAUAUUACGGUUUUUUUAAAACAGAUCUUAUAUGGCUGAGGGUUGCCUUUCUAGUGUUGUGCACAUUCUGCGUAUCGAUUGAAAUGAGUACAAUAUAUGCAUAUACUUUGGAAUUGUACCCGACUGUUGUUCGUAACGUGGGUAUCGGAUCGUGUUCUACAUUUGCAAGAAUCGGAGCGAUCGCUGCACCUUUUAUGAAGGAUCUUAGUGAAAAGGUGUACUGGAGCAUUCCCUUUAUUAUAGUAGGUGUAUUGACUCUUUCGUCUGGUUUGUGCAUUUUGCCUUUACCCGAGACCAAAGAUAUUCGUUUGCAUGAUAUUAUUGUCAAGUAA